GGGGAAAGUGGGGAGGAGGGGAAGAGCGUUCGCGAGCUCCGAUGCGUGGAAUCGCCGACACCGUUUGUCUGCUUGGGACUGCCCCUAGGAACUGGGGUCGUAGUGCCUCUGAGCAUGCACAGAGUGCUAUUUCUCAAAAAGACUUUCGUUUGGUGAAGCUCGCCGUUCUUUUAUUGGCCUAAGAUUUAAAUCCGAGGCAUCUGAUUUUUGCAAAGCAGUGAAAUACUUUGGUCCCGUGAAUAUCUCAUGUGCAACCCUGGAUUUGAACGCAGGACUGCAGCUUAAGGCUGCGCUUAACUCCUGUACCGAAAUCCUAAACUUCUUUCUCACCGUUAACAUUUGGAGAUUUGGGGCUUUCGUCAUGACUUCCAUCUCUGGAAAAAUUAUUGGAAUCAAAACCAACUUUAUAUACUGCUUUUAAUUCCCCUGGUGGAAAGGCCUUUUAAAAAACCUUCUUGCCCAUUCUUGCAAUAUCUUGGAGGCAUAAUAGCAUUAUUAAAACCAAAGUAAGUAUAUUAUAAGUAUAACCAAACCAUGGAAGAAGCCAGCACUGUGGAAGAAGGGGAAGUGACCUCGGGGAUGCAAUCCUUGGCAGUAGAAGAUGGGCCUGCUCCGGAUUUAGCUUCUGCCACUGAGGAACAAGAUGACGCUGCCAGAGAAACAGAGGGGGAAUUAUCAGGGAAGGGGGAGGAAUCCGCUGAAGAGGAUUGGUGUGUCCCCUGCAGCGAUGAGGAGCUGGAUUCUCCAGAUAACUGGAUGCCUGAACCUGAGGAGAUCCACCGUUUAUACGAGCUCAUUGCUGAGCACGGGUCUCUGGAGAUUCAGGCCGAAAUCCUCCCUCGGCGCAACCCAACCCCAGAGCCUGACAGUGAAGAUGAAGAUAAAUCUGAUGGACAAUCUGAAUACCAGGAAGAAGAGGAGGAGGAGAAGCCUCAUAUACCUACCGAGUUUGACUUUGAUGAUGAGCCUGCCUCUCCCAAAAGCUCCUUGGUUGAUCGACGGAGAACUCCUGGGACGUUAGCUAAGAGUCAGAAAAGAGAAGCCCGCCUGGACAAGGUGCUGUCAGACAUGAAGCGCCAUAAAGUGCUGGAGGAGCAAAUUAUGAAGACCGGGUGUGACCUCUUUGACCUUGAUUCAGAUGAUGUACCCACUCCAAAACGACCCUCCGGUCUCUUCCUUCGUCAGCGCAAAUACUGACAGUAAUGAAGAACAUAAGCCGAGAGAGGAAGAUGGAGUGGAACUGUGGGGGCAGAUACGAGGGGAGCGAACUCCUGCAUAAACCCUGGACCUUGACACUGAUCCCGUAUGGCUUGCUGGAGGUACUUGCUUUCAAUUUUUAAGGUGUAAUAAAGCUCUGUGAGUAUGAUUUUAAAAUUUAAUUUAUGUGAACUAUUCUUAAUAAUAAUGAAAAAAGUUGCCAAUCAGAAGAAGAGGAGUUGUUGAGGACCUGCAGUUUCAUUUGCCAUAUACAGAUAGUCCUCAACUUACAGCAUUAUUUUAGCAACCAUUCAAACUUAUAACAACAGUGAAAAAACUCAUGACUGGUCUUUGCAGUUUUACAACCAUCUUCAUAUUCACAGGAUCUGAAUUCAAGCGCUUGGCAACCAGCAUGUGUUUAUGAUGUUUGCUGUGUCCCAGGGUCAAGUGAUUCCCCAGUUGCGGCCUUCCCAGCCAUCUUCCAACAAGCAAAUUCAAAGGGGGGAAGCUGGAUUUACUUAAUGACCACAUGAUUUAUUUAACAACCACAGCAAUUCACUUAACAACUGGCAAAGAGAUCAUUAAACCAGGUGCAAUCCAUUUAACAACUGUCAUAGCUUAGCAACAGAAAUUCUCUCCCAAUUGUAAAUUGAGGCUGCCACUACCCCAUUUUGUCUGCUUACCCUCAAUCUUUUUGUGAUCUUGGAGUUGAUGAAACUGUGGGGUUCCUUGUCACAAAUGUCCUUGUCAAAAAAGCCAACGCAGUUCUAGGCUGCAUUAACAGAGGGAUAAAAUCAAGAUCAUGUGAAGUGUUAAUACUACU